AUGACGAGGGAGGUGCUCGACGCGCACGUCGCGCUGGCCGCUCUCGCCCACGCAGAGGACGACGAGCACGACGACCGCCGGCGUAGGGCGGCGAUGGCGCAGCUCUGCGUCCGCACCGAGAGCCUCGGCGUCGACCGGAGCGGCCGCCGCUACUGGGCGCUCGACCGGCGCGCAGCUGCGGAGGGAGGAGGGCGCGGGGAGGGCGGGGAGGGCGAAGGUUCCGCUGCCGUGUGGGCGGAGCCGCGCGCGGCGGCGCAAGCUGGCUGGUGGGAGCUGUACCGAGGAUCGGCGUGCGCGCAGCUCGCGAAGUCGCUCGACCCGAGGGGGGUGCGGGAGCGAGCGCUCCAGCUGGAGAUGCGGUCGCGGUUCGGUGUGUGA